GGCACGGCCGCCAUGUUUGUUGAUGUGUCAGUCAGGGCUGCCGGAGAAAUAGAUCCUAUGUGACUGGAAAGGCGAUUUACGGGGUCGUUGCGGAGAGUUCGCUUGGUGGAUAGGAGUUUGGGCGACAGUAAGAACAGGAUUCGGGCUGUAACAAAGAUAUAUCAUUUAAAGCAAUUAUGGAGGGUCAUCUUCCUGAGGAGCCUGGUGGUCGUUCUGAAGAUACAUCUUGUCUUCCAUCUACAGUUGAACAGCAACUUGAAAAGGUGGACUGUGAUUUAGAAGUGAAAGAGGAAAUAGAUGUCAUUUGUAAUGAAAGUGACAAUAAUUGUACAACAGACUCUAGUUUGGCAGAAAUAGAUUACAAAUCUGCAGAUUCCGAGCCACAAAAGACAGGUGAUGAUCCUGAGAAUAGUGGUGAUAUUGGUGUUCAAAAACCUUGUGAAGAACCACUAAUUAUGUCGGCUGCCCCUCAAGAAGUAAACAUUCCACAACCGCCAAAAAAUGACACACAGAAGGAAGUCCACACAGAGCACAUAGAAGAGUUAGUUACUCAAAAUAUAACGGACAGUUCUACGGAACGCAUAACCACAGAAAAUAAUUUUGAUAUUGAAUGCACCAAAGAGCUUCUUUCCAAGAUCUAUCAUCCGUCUUCGCAAGAGAAUUUGUUGGAUGAAAUAGAAACUGAACUUAAUUCAUUAGAAUUAGAUUAUAAGCUAUCAAAUGGAAUAAAGAAAGGUGAAUUAUCUCUAAGUAUUCUAGAAAAAUGUGUUCAAGAUAAAUACCUGCACCAAGAAAACGCCAUAAAGAAAUUGAUUGAGGAGAAUCGGAAACAUCAAGAACUGAUCUUGGAGAUCUGCUCUGAAAAAGACACUUUAAGGGAUGAGCUGAAAAGACGGACAGAGACUGAAAAACUGCACCUGAGCUCCAUAAAGCAGCUUGAAGGAAGAAUUGAGGACCUUUUUAAAGAACUUAAAGCGUCAAAAGAUAAGCUCACGGCACAAGAUGCAGCAGCCAAAAAUGCAAUUCAACAGCUGCAUAAAGAGAUGGCCUUUCGAACAGACCAGGCAAACAAAAAAUGUGAGGAAGCCAGGCAAGAAAAAGAAGCCAUGGUGAUGAAGUAUGUUCGGGGAGAAAAGGAAUCGCUCGAUCUGCGCAAGGAGAAGGAAGUACUGGAGCGGAAGCUUAGAGAAGCUAACAAAGAGAUAGAGAAAAACGGCUCUAGAAUCAAAAUUCUCACUCAGGAAAAGGGACGGUUGCACCAGUUGUAUGAGACAAAGGAAAGUGAAGUCAGUAAACAGAAUCGCGAUAUUGAAAAACUUAAAGAGGAAGUCAACUCCUAUGCCAUUAAAGUAAAAUGGGCGCACAACAAGCUGAAAACUGAGCUAGACUCACACAAGGAAACCAAAGACAAGCUCCGAGACACCACAACCAAGCUAAAUCAAGCAAAAGAAGAAACUGACCAAAUAAGAAAAAAUUGUCAGGAAAUGAUUAAAACAUAUCAAGAAUGUGAAGAAAUAAAAUCAGUUGAACUUGAUGCAAAACUCAAAGUAACAACAGUGGAAUUAGAAAAGCAAAUGCAAGAAAAGACAAACCAUUUAGAGGUACAUCACGCUAAGAUAAAGGAACUGGAUGACUUGAAGAGAACAUUUACAGAAGGGAUGGAUGAACUCCGGACAUUGCGCACAAAGGUAAAAUGUCUGGAAGCGGAGCGGUUAAGAACUGAAGAAGAAUUAUCAAAGUACAAAGAACUUAUAAACAGACAGAAAGCUGAGAUCCAGAACUUACAGGACAGAGUAAAAAUAGUAGACCAGCAGGAGGAGCGACAUCAGAGGGACAACCAAGAAAUUGAAAGUUUAAGGGAUGAUAUAAGCAGCUUGAACACCGUCCUCUCCGACCUGCAGAGAGACAUAGAGGGCAGCAGGACACGAGAAUCUGAGCUGCUAGGAUUUACAGAGAAGCUGACCAGUAAGAAUGCCCAGAUUCAGUCAGAGUCCAACUCCCUGCAGGCUCAGCUUGACAAACUCACAUACAGCGAGAGGGAACUGCAGGUCCAGGUGGAACAUCUCAGACACAGUAGCAAUGACUUGCAGGAUCUCUUAACGCGCGAAGCAGCAAUGACGAUCGCUCACCAGAAAACACUGGUUCAACUGUGGUUGUGGACAGCUUUCCGGAAGUAGACAAAGCUGUUUUGAUUGAGAGAAUUAUACGGCUUCAAAAAGCACAUGCACGGAAAAACGAAAAAAUAGAAUUUAUGGAAGAUCACAUCAAACAACUAGUGGAGGAAAUUAGGAAAAAAACGAAAAUUAUACAGAGUUAUGUUUUGCGUGAAGAAUCUGGGACUCUCUCUUCAGAGGCGUCGGACGUUAACAAAGCGCAUUUGAGCAAACGUGGCGGGAUCAUGGCUUCUUUAUACACAUCUCAUCCAGCUGACACUGGGCUAACUUUGGAUCUGUCCUUGGAAAUUAAUAGAAAAUUACAAGCUGUGCUAGAAGAUACAUUAUUAAAAAAUAUAACUCUCAAGGAAAAUCUGCAAACACUUGGGACAGAGAUUGAACGCCUUAUUAAACAACAAGAUAAAAAACACACAAAAUAGCCUGAUACCAUAAAAUGAUAUUUAUUCCGCAACCAAACACAUUUUGUUGGACCAGAUGCAUUUAAGAAGAAUCUCCUCUUUUGUUUAAGCUUUGCUUUACGUACACAACAAAACAGACUUUUAGUUGAGCACUACUUUUAUCUUCAAAAAUGGCAGCCAAACACUUGUAGGUUAAUACCUCUUAUGGUUAAUACCUUUAUUUAACUGUGGAGAUGAUUCCAUUAUAUGUCCUCCAUGUUUUUUUGUUGUUGUUUUGUUUGUUUUUUAAAUACUUUUGCCAGUGCCGCUAAAAAGGUCAGCAUUUGCACUAGAAAGACUACUUCAUAUCUCAUCACAACACUUCCGUGCAUGUUCUUCCAUAGAGAUGUUUAGUGUGUUGCUAUCAUGGAAUGUGAUUUCGUGCUGUAUCAUGUACUCCGCUGCUGGUAUAAUAAUAGCCUGUAACGGCUGCUUUUUUCAAGCAACCUGAGGAAUUAUGUAAUGUGCAAUAAUAUUUGGCAGUAGCUGGGCUACAUGUGAUUUACAAUAGUCUUUUGUUGAUUUCUUCAACAAAUAUUCAGGGUGUGAAUCCUUUUCUGGGUAGCAAAAUAAUGAAAAAAAAAUAUAUUUUUUUUAAAGA